UGAGGAGCAUUCAUUCACCAAAUCUCAGCAAGCUCUGCCGGUUAAUUAUUAGCCGUUAUCUCGUACUUAGUACUGGAGCGUGGAGUUUGGAGUCUGAACCUCAAAUCCAGAUAAACAGAGAGAGAGAGAGAGAGAGAGAGAGAGCUGGAGGAGCAGGCAGCCAUCCUUUCUCUGGCCCGCAGACCUUUAACGCGCACAGCACUCAGCGAGCCAACCAUGCUGCGGCUUGCUGGACUUUUACUAUGUGUGACCUCCUUUUUAAGUACCUCAUCUCUUGGUGCGAGUGCUGGACCUCAGAUAGAUAAUGACAAACUCUACAAAUACAGCUACAGCGCUGAGGUCGGGCUCAACAGGCCAACAGGAUCCACUAGGGGGAAUGCUGGUUUCAGGAUUAGCAGUGAUGUGGACAUCAGCCUCGUCUGGAGGAACUCAGAGAUCCAGGAUGAGCAGCUACUUAGAGUGCAGAUUUCAAAUGUUCAAGUUGAAAGUGCUGGAAAGCGUUCGCGCAAACACAACAUCUUCCAAGGCAGCUCAGCAGAAAGCAUUCUGGGUAAAGUCAGACUUGAGGCACUUCAGAGGCCCUUCAUGGUGCUGUGGAAGAUGGGCAAGAUCAGAAGCCUGUAUGCCCAGAAGGCGGAGCCUGCUACCAUCAAAAACUUGAAGAGGGGUGUGGCCAGUAUGCUAAUGAUGCAGCUAAAGUCCGGGAAGAUGUUGGAGGCUGAUGCUUCAGGGAAAUGUUUAGUUGAGUACAAGGCUACCAAAGAUCAGGUGGUCCGUAUAAAACACUUGGAUACUUGCAAAACACAAGAGAUGGGAUUUACUACACACAGCCCAGUAUUGGGUGUCAGUGGGAAGUCUGCUUCUGAAACAGUUAUCACUCUGGAGAAUGGCAUCAUUAAGUCUUCUGAUGUUGAAGAAACACACACGUUGUCCGUCAAUGCUCAUCAUAAAGCUGCAACUAAAGUCCUGUCCAGGCAGUCAUUGACGCUUAAAAAGAUUGAGGUUGGCCCAGCAGAAGUGGCCGGUAAAGACGCCGCAAGUGUGGUGAAGUCUCUGGAUGACAAACUCAUGUCUGUUGGAGUCAUGGGGGAGAAAGUUAAAACCAAAUGCAAGGGAUGCCCCAAUCUGAUGGAUACAUGGAAGGCAGUGAGGUCUCAGCUAGAGCUGGACUCACUCUCUAAAGCAGAAGCCCCAAAGAGCUUCCUCAUGCUCUUACACAGCCUGCGCAAAGCCAGCAAGUCAGAGAUCCUGACUGUACUGCGCAACUGCAGCAAGACUGUACUGCCUCAGCUGGUGGAUGCAGUAACAUCAGCUCAGACUCCAUCUUCUCUCGCAGCCAUUCUGGAGUUUCUGGACUUCAGCAAAAAGGAAGGUUUAAUGCUGCAGGAGCGCUUCCUGUACGCAUGUGGCUUUGCCUCUCACCCUACAGAGAACAUGCUGCACUCCUUGCUGGUAAGAGAACUGCAUUACUGCACUCACACAUUAAUUAAGUUGUGGAGUGUGAUCAUCAUGGGAGCUCUGCUCAGGAAACUCUGUCUGAAAGGAGCAUGUGAAGUACCGACAGUGGUUAAGGUGAAAGAGAUGCUGUUGACAGGCCCUGACAGCACUCAGGUGGAGUCCGAGAUUCAGAUGUACCUGCUAGCAUUGAAGAACGCUCUUCUGCCGGAGGGUGUUCCUGUUCUAGCCAAAUAUGCUGAGUCUGAGGUGGGAGCAUUUAGCACCAUUGCCAUCACAGCACUGCAGAGAUACAACCCUGAGCUGAUCACACCAGAGGUGAAAAAGAUGCUGAACCGCAUAUACCACCAGAACCAGCGUAUUUAUGAGAAGAACGUUCGUGCUGCGGCAGCUGAUGUGAUUAUGAGCAGUAGUCCAUCCUAUAUGGAAGUGAAGAACCUUCUGCUCUCCAUCGGACACCUGCCUCAUGAGAUGAAUAAAUACAUGCUGUCUAAAGUCCAGGACAUAUUGCGCUUCGAGAUGCCAGCCUGUAAAUUAGUACGACAAGUGAUGAAGGACAUGGUUUCCCACAACUAUGACAGGUUCUCAAAGACCGGGUCAUCCUCUGCUUUUUCAGGCUUCAUGGCACGAACUGCUGAUGUCACUUGCACCUACAAUUUGGACAUCCUGUACUCUGGCUCUGGCACUUUGAGGAGAAGCAACAUGAACAUUUAUGGUCAGAGUAACAAUGCCCUCCUUCAUGGCCUUCAGGUGACCAUUGAAGCACAGGGUCUAGAGUCUCUAAUUGCAGCCACGCCGGAUGAAGGAGAAGAAGAUCUGGAGUCUUUUGCUGGAAUGUCUGCUCUGCUGUUCGAUGUGCAGCUCCGCCCAGUGACCUUUUUCAAGGGCUACAGUGACCUGAUGUCCAAGAUGUUCUCUAUGUCUGGAGAUCCGAUCAAUGUGGUGAAGGGCCUUAUUCUUCUGACAGACCACUCACAGGUGAUUCCUCUACAGUCUGGUCUAAGAGCCAAUGCUGAGUUCCAAGGUGGUCUGGCCAUCGAUAUUUCUGGAGGGAUGGAGAUCAGCUUGUGGUACAGAGAGUCUAAGACAAGUGUCAACAACAGAGGAGCACUGGUCGUCAUCGGUAACGUGACUGUGGAUACGGACUUUGUAAGUGCUGGAGUGGAAGUAGGUUUUGAGACAGAGGCCACCCUGGACUUCAUCACCACUGUGCAGUUCUCGGAGUACCCCUUCCUCGUCUGCAUGCAGAUGGACAAAACCACUUUCCCCUUCAGAGAGAUGGUUUCCAAGCAGGAGAAACUGCCCUCAGGACAGACAUUCUUCUCAAAGAAGAGCAGAGAUCAGCUGGUGCCGGGCUCAGAAUUUCCUCUACACCAGGAGAACUCCAACAUGUGCAAGAAAGUCUUUGAACAGGCCUGGUAGACCAGCUGGGAUCUAUGCUUUACCUAGCAAAUGUAAAAGGUUUUCACGCAAACAACCACUCUACAUUUUGCAUCUAUUGUGUGCAUGUUUUGGAGUGGCUGUAUGUGCUAAAACCUUGUGUUAGUCAGGCAUGUGAAGGUUUUUUUUUUUUUUCUGCCGUGAUUUCACAGAAGAACAUUUUUGGCUCCCCAAAGAACCUUUCAGUACACAGUUCAAGAACCAUUUUUUUUCUUAGUGCGAAGAACAUUUUUUCCUCUAUAAAGUGGAAUAAAAAGGUUCCAUGGAUGUUAAAAGCUCUUAAUGGAACCACAGAUGCCAAUAGAGAACCUUUAUUUAUACGAGUGAAUUAUAAGAGUCUUUACAAUAAGUCCUGUCCUAUUUUCUCCAUUUAAGAAUGAUUAGCGCAAAUUCAAUUAAUAUUUUUAUAAAGAAGAGGAAUGUACAAAAAUUGUCAGGAUAACCCUUGGCACUCUCGCCAUGUGACAGAAUUAUUUGCCCCAUAAUAACAAAAGUGAGAUAUUUAUAAAUGAUAACAUUAGAGCAUUAUAACAGGACUGCGUAUUUGAGGUGCUACUGUGUUAUUUAUUUAUUCAGAGGGCUUUCUGACACACUUCAUCCCUCCUCAGGCAGUUCAUGCUGUCUGGUUUCCAUGAUUUCACCAGAUGUUUACAUUCUUGAGAAUAUUUAUGGCAGUCUUGUACAUGGGAAGAUAAUCAACCAUGAAUAAAGGUUUUUUUUUUGUC